AUGUAACUGCCAUUGAUUUGGAGUUCAAGUAUUUUCAUCCUUAAUCUAUCCAGAUAAAUCUAGAAUUUGGAAGAACUCAUGCCUCAAUUAGCCAACUUUAGUAAUUUAAAAGAACUCAAUCUAAAUGGAAAUCGUCUCUCUAAUUUGCCUGAUGAUUUGGGAUUGCUUGAUACCGUCGAAUUCUUGUGUCUGACAAACAACAUCUUUACCGAUCUAGGACAAGUAGUGGAAGCUUUAUAAACCAUGCCCAAUCUAAUUCAACUUGAAAUAAGUCUAUCUUCCAAAGAAGAGGAGCAAUUCAUUAUUGAAUCCCUUCCAAAUCUAUAGAUUUUGAAUUCCUAGAAAAUCAAUCAGGACUAAGAACCUGUUGAUGAAACUUCAGAAUAGUAAAGUCAACAACCAUCAGAGAGAUCCAUGAGUGCUCAGUAGGAAAUUACCCUUUAAUAAUACGAUCUUGAAUAAAUGGCAAUAUUAUAUGAUAACAUUAGAGAGUAUAAAAAAGAUGAACAAGAUGAUAAGCUUUUCGAUUAAUAGAUUAGAACUAUUAUGUUAGAUUUAUAAUCUAAAGUGAAGUAAAAUAACCCAGAUCAUUUAACGAACUUAUAUAUCUUAACAGCUAAAUAUAAUUUAUAUGAAAUUUGUUUUAAAUCGAUUCUUAAGUAUUUCAAAUCCAAUGAAAAGAAGUUAGAUUUGAUAUUUACUAAAAUUCACGAUAUGCAUUUGUCAAUUUUCAAUGAUAUGAGCAAUGUAAUAUAGAGUGUAAAAUCAUCUUCCAAAAACACUUCACAAUUGCAGAUUAACUAAAAACAACUGGAUUUAUCCUAAUAACAGUAACCAGACAAAAGUGUUGAAAAUAGACUUCGAUAAGAAUUGAAAGAAUUGUAGCAAAUAAAUAAUGAAUUGGAGAAUGAAAAUAAAAAAUAUUUAGAUUUAUUGAUAAAGCAUUCAAAGGGUGAAAAGGUUUCAUUGCCAAAUAGCGAAAAUACUUAAAAAUAAAGUGAUGCUUAUCAAACAUAACAUUUCACAAAGAGUUUACAAUAACAAAAUACCUAGUAGUACAAUAAUCAAAUAUUUUCAUCAAAACAGUCUUAGUAAGUGAACUCUAUACCACAAUAAGUAAAUGUUAGAAAUUUGACUCUUAAAUAAUUGAAGGAUGUCAUAAAUGAAAUUUAUGAAAGUAAACAAAAAUUUGAUUAAAAGUGUUCUGAUUCUAAACUACCCAGAGAGACGAUGGAAUAGCAUAUGUAUACAUUUUUAAAUCAGAAAUACGGACUCAAGAAUCUCAUUAUAGAAUGGGCAACUUCUAUCAUAAAUUCUCUUAAGAAAUAUUCUGCUGAUGACAAUGACAUAGCUGUGUUUGGUAAGAUUUUAAGGAAUGAGUGUGAUGAAGAAUUUCGAUUUGUCUAAACUCAAGUGAAGAACACUAUGCAGGAAUUGUUGAAGAUGUAUUUAAGAGGCAAGCACCCGUUGAAACAUCAGGCUGAAAUUAAAGAGAUGCUUAAUUAAAGAAUCAAUGGAUAACUAUAUGAAGAAGAAGCAGUUGACAUUAUUAAAUACAUGUACAAUUAGGAGGACUCAGAAUUAUUGUUGGACAAAUUGAAGCAAUAUUAUAUUGUACCACAAAAACCAAAUGAUAGAAGACUCACUAGAGAGGAACAAUUAAUGUUAUUACAAGAGAAGGAUAGAUACAAGUUGGAAUAUUAGGUUUUCCAGAAAAUAAUUUUGGAUUUCUAACUCAAAUCUCAUGAAAAGUAUUUAAAAAAGUUCAUUGUAAUUUUCAAAGAAAUGGAUACGGAUCUUAAUGGAAUAAUUGAUGAAAAUGAAUUCAGAAAUUUGAUAGAUGUUUUGAAUUUUGAUGCUGAAGACUUAGACAUUCAAAGAUACUUGAAUAUCGUUGAUCCUUAUAGUCAUCAAUAGAUUACAUUCUCGUAAUGUGUUACGCUGUUUUCAUCUGAAUCCGUUCCAGGAUCGAAUGGAUAAAUGUAAAUACUCUAAAGAAUUUCAGAAUUAUGA